CAAUGACAAUUGACAAAUUAUCAAUAUAAAAUAGUUCAAUCAAUUUCAGCGUGAGAAUUUCUGCAGAUUUUUAUCGUUUUUCAGGAAAUUUAACGUAUUUGUUACAUAAAGAUUGAUACUUGAACCAGUUCCGAAUAUAAUGGGCAAUAAGGGAUUCACUGUUUUCAUCAAAGAUUUUUAUUAUGACCCCUUUAAAUGGUCAAUUGUGAAGAGUGUUGGAUUUUUCUCAAUCGGCGUUGUUAUCGCGAGUGAGUGCACAGGCCUUGAGGUCAUGCCUGCAGUACCACAGUAGGCACAACACACGCUUUAAUAUAAGUUUCACUUAGAAAGAUAAUCAACAGUUAAAAAGAUGUUAAAAUAUUUAUUAUUUGUUUUUCUCUUCACUCAAGUUUCGUGCCAAGAGAAGAGGCCAAACUUUGUAGUGAUUUUAACCGAUGAUCAAGAUGACGUGUUAGGUGGGAUGGACCCCAUGAAGAAUGUGCGACGCUUCAUCGGUAAUGAAGGGACCACGUUUACUAACUCUUACGUGACGUCACCGAUAUGCUGCCCCAGCCGCGCUAGCCUGCUGACCGGGCUGCAUGUACACAACCACAUGACGUGGAACAACAGUCUGCAUGGUGGCUGCUACGGCCGCACCUGGAGGAAACUGGAGGCUCGCACCUUCGCUAAGGCGCUCAGGGACUCUGGUUACAACACCUUCUACGCGGGGAAAUAUUUGAAUGAGUAUGGUACACCCUCUGCUGGAGGUCCUGAGCAAGUUCCUCCGGGAUGGAGUGAAUGGCACGGCCUGGUCGGCAACUCCGUCUACUACAACUAUACUAUAUCCAACAACGGCGUACCAACUUAUUCUACAGACUUAUACCUCACUGAUAUUAUUCGAGACUUGAGUCUUAGCUACAUAGAGAACCAGACGGAGGCGCAGCCGUUCCUCAUGCUGCUGGCACCCCCCGCCCCGCACCAGCCCUUCACCCCCGCGCCGCGCCACCAGGGCGCCUUCAGCAACGUCUCCGCGCCGAGACAUCCUAACUUUAACCUUGCUGUCACGGACAAACACUGGCUUAUAACAAUGCCCCCGUCCCCCCUGCCCGACUCCAUGCUGCCCGAGCUGGACCGCGUGUACCGCUCCCGCUGGGAGAGCCUGCUGGCGGUCGACGAGCUGGUGGCGGACGUGGUGGAGGCGCUGGACUCCAGCGCGCUGCUGCCUGACACCUACCUGAUCUAUACCUCUGACAACGGGUACCACAUUGGUCAGUUCUCUCAAGUAUACGACAAGAGGCAACCAUACGAAACGGACAUAAAAGUACCAUUAUUAAUUCGAGGGCCCACAAUACCAAAGAACGCCACAGACAAUCAACCAAUAUUAAACAUUGACUUGGCACCGACAAUUAUGACUUUAGCUGGCUUAAACGCACCACAGAGUAUGGACGGACGCAGUAUUAAGUUUAAUGUUAAAGAUGAUUUGGACAGGAAGACUCAUCGUAUAGAAAUAGUUGGAAAUGAGGAAACGGAAAGAAACAUGUUGGUGGAGUAUUAUGGUGAGGGAAGGGAUGGUACGGUCGAUGAGAAUUGUCCGUGGAAGUAUGAUAGCGAUAAUCUUGCUCAAUGCUACCCGCAAUACAACUGCAAAUGUCAGGACGCAAGGAACAAUACUUAUGCGUGUUUGCGACACAUUGCAAAGAGAAUCAACAUGAAAUAUUGCAGUUUUGCUGACUCUACGGAUUUCAUAGAAAUGUACGAUCUAUCGCGGGACCCCUACGAGUUGACGAACGUUAUCAAUCAAGUGCUGCCAUCUGUGAAACACUGGUACAAACUAAUUCUCUCUCAAAUGCUUACGUGCAAAGGUUUCCGAAAUUGUGAUAAUCCGCUGGAGAACCCUAAAGUUUAUGGGUAAUUUAUUUGAGCUUAUAGAAAAUAUGUAUUUAUUUUG